AUGUAUCAUCAGCUUAUCCUAGAGGAAAACAAAUGGACAAAGGAAGCUGAUAAUGGCGGGGAAACUGGGGAAAUGAAUGAUGAGGAUCUCGAGGGAGACGGGAAAGUUGACGGUGACCAGAAGGAGUUCGAUAGACAAAGAGAAUACCUCGAGAAGUGUAUUAAUACUCUGAAAGAGAAGCACGAGAAGGCAACUCGGGUUCACAGAGCUACGAAUACUAGAGUUAUGCAGGACAACGUGACGUUGAUCAAAGAAAUCAACAUUCUACGGAGAGAAGUAUCAUUCCUGAAGAACGAGCGAGCUGCAGAGAAGCGACUGAGUUUGCCCGAAAGCUCAGAGAUUCCUGUGUCGACGAUUGAGCAAGAAUCUACUGGAAAAUGCCAGGAGGCUGCCAUGCAGCGCGAG